CGCAGUUAACGUAAACACGUCGCAGCAAAAAGGGACAACAUCGCAGCCAGUCCACACAGAAUUUCUCGUUCAUUCGUCGCCAUCGCACGCCGUCGUAAUCGCUCUUUGUUCUCGUCUGUCCCGUCGGCUCUAUUGUGUGUGUGUGUGUGUGUGUGUUCAUUGUGUGGUGCAAUAAAAAAGAAAUUGCCCUAACUACAACAUUGCUGCAGCAAAAUGAUGCGCAUUGGGCAGCUGGUUGUGCGUAACUCGCAGAAGGUUAAGGGCAUCGAAAUUCGAAGAUGCCUUUCGGCCGCCCCACAGGCCAAACAGGCCGAAGCACAGCAGGCCACCCCAUCGGAGGCGGAAAAGCGCCCCAACAUGUCCUUCCUGACCAACAUCUUCCGCGGCCAGGUACAGCCGGCCCAGGUGUUCCCCUACCCGGAAGCGCUGGACGCCGAGCAGAAGGAAUACAUCGCGUCCUUUGUCGAUCCGGUGACCAAGUUCUUCGAGGAGGUAAACGAUCCGGUCAAGAACGACGUGAACGCCUCAAUCGAUGAGAAGACGUGUGAGGCGCUGUGGGAUCUCGGUGCUUUCUCGCUGAUGGUGCCGCCCGAUUACGGCGGUCUCGGACUGAACAACACGCAGUACUCCCGCAUGUGCGACAUUAUCGGUGGACAGGAUCUGGGGCUGGGAAUCUUUAUCGGCGCUCACCAGAGUAUUGGCUUCAAGGGCAUCUUGCUGUACGGUGAUCAGCGCCAGAAGGAAAAGUAUCUGCCGAUGGUGUCCACCGGCAAGGUUUACGCCGCCUUUGCGCUAACCGAACCAAGCUCCGGCUCGGACGCCGGUUCGAUCCGUUGCCGGGCGGUAAAGUCGGCCGACGGCAAGCACUACGUCCUGAACGGAUCGAAAAUUUGGAUCUCGAACGGUGGCAUCGCCGACAUUAUGACGGUUUUCGCUCAGACCGAAGUGGAGGACCCGAAGACGGGCCAGAAGAAGGACAAGGUGACGGCGUUCAUCGUGGAGCGUGGCUUCGGCGGUGUUAGCAGCGGUCCGCCCGAGAACAAAAUGGGCAUCAAGUGCUCGAACACGGCCGAGGUGUACUUCGAGGAUGUGAAGAUCCCGGCCGAGAACGUGCUGGGUGGCGAGGGCAAUGGGUUUAAGGUGGCGAUGAACAUCCUGAACAACGGUCGGUUCGGUAUGGCGGCCACCCUGUCCGGUACGAUGCGUGCCUGCAUCCAGAAGGCGGCCGAGCACGCCACAAACCGCGUGCAGUUCGGGCGCAAGAUUGAAACGUUCGGCGGCGUGCAGGAGAAGCUGGCCCGCAUGGCGAUGCACCAUUACGUGACGCAGUCGAUGGCGUACAUGAUCUCGGGCAACAUGGACACGGGCUCGCUGGACUACCAUCUGGAGGCGGCCAUCUCGAAGGUGUUCGCGUCCGAGUCGGCCUGGUACGUGUGCGACGAGGCGAUCCAGAUACUGGGCGGCAUGGGCUUCAUGAAGGACUGCGGGCUCGAGCGCGUGAUGCGCGAUCUGCGCAUUUUCCGCAUCUUCGAGGGUACGAACGACAUCUUGCGGCUGUUUGUGGCGCUUACGGGCAUUCAGUACGCCGGGUCGCAUCUGAAGGAGCUGCAGCGGGCGUUCAAGAAUCCGGCCACGAACAUGGGACUGAUCUUUAAGGAAGGUUCGCGCCGGGCGAUUCGCAGCAUCGGGUACGGCGGUACGGAUCUGAGCGCGUUCGUGGCCGAUCCGCUGAAGGUGCCGGCCAAGCAGUGCUCGGAGUGUAUCGAUCUGUUCGGACAGACGGUGGAAUCGUUGUUGAUCAAGUACGGCAAGAAGAUUGUGGACGAGCAAUUCUUGCUGAACCGGUUGGCCGAUGCGGCGAUCGAUACGUACGCGAUGGCGGUGGUGCUUUCCCGUGCCACGCGAUCGGUGCGCAAGGAUCUGCCCUCGGCGGAGCAUGAAGUUUUGAUGACCAAGGCGUGGUGCCAUGAGGCCAGCGAUCGCGUGCGGGUGAAUAUUCGCAAGAUUAACACCGACUCGUUUGUGAAAAAUUACGGCGUCAUGUCGCAGAUCUCGAAGAACAUCUGUGCAAACAAUGGUAUCGCGCACAACAACCCGCUGGACAUUGAGUAAGCGAGCCUCUAAGUGCACGUGUGUGUAUGUACAGUGAUCGAACUCCGAAAGCAAACCCGCCCGCCCGAAGAUUCCUUCGACAUUUCGCCCAGGGAAAGUUACUGCAAGUGAAUCGUGAUAGUGAAGCGGUACCAACGAAACGAACCACACUUCAGAUCCAGCUAGCCUGGCCGUCCACGGCAGCCAGAGACAGUACGAACUCGCGGGAAGUCGAGAGAAGGGGAGAAGAAGCCACACUACGGCUACUACGGAUCCAAAUGGGUAGAAGUGUAGUGUGUGCGCGUGUGUAGAUGUAAUAGUUUAAUUAUUUCAUUUCCCCCACUUUUCAAUUAAGUCGCUCUCAACUUGGUAGAACAAUCUAUUUUUACUAUUCUAUGGUUUUUUGUCCAACAUUUUAUCCCCCCGAAGAUGUAAAGUUUGAGUUCUUUUGUAAGACAUACCAUCACUCUGAUAGCAAGCAUAUUUUACGGACACUUAUUCCACUGCUAGUAAAUGAUUUUUUUGUGUAAGCUACAACAUCACCCCCAACUCCAACUACUAAUGUUAAUGUACACUUCUCCUUAGGUUUAAUGAUAUACAAUGUAAAUACAACAAAGAGAGCCUCAGCUAAAUCAGCCAACACUGAAGGGAAUUGCACGAGUGAUCUGCACUAAAGAUUUAUAAUGGUGGUUAAGCAAUAGACAAAUCAUUUCAUACGUACCUUUAAA